AUGAAGGAGAAUAAGACGAAUGACAACCUCCCCCCAAGUUUCUAUGUCAACAACGGCAAUUUGACUGUCCACACUCGAACCGGUACCUUCGUUGGGAAUCUGAAUGACACGUACCCGGACGUGAGACAAUUCAAGUAUAUCCCAUAUGCCAAGCCUCCCGUGGAUGACAAACGAUGGACGUCUCCCGAAGCGCUUGACAACUCUUCGCGAAUAUACGACUCGACAGUAUUCGGCCCAUCAUGCCCUCAAUACGUGUCCGCAAUCCCAACAGUAUGGGCUCUCAACAUCACUGGAAAUCUCAUCGUUAAUUAUGGCGAAAGUCUCCUCGCUGGUCUCGUUGCCCAGAAUUCCGCUGAAGACUGCCUCACACUCGCGGUUUGGACUCCAGCCUCAGCAACUCCAAAUUCUAAACUCCCGGUGAUCCAUUUCUUAACAGGAGGAGGCGACGUUACGGGUGGAAUCAAUAUCCCGACUCAAAUGCCAGCAAAUUGGGUGCACCGCUCACAGAGCCACAUCGUAGUCAAGAUGAACUACCGCGUCAACAUCUUUGGAUACCCCAACGCCCGUGGUCUUAAUGGUAAUACCAAUUUCGCACUUCAAGAUCAGCGGAAAGCCGUUGAAUGGGUUGCUGAGAACAUAGCUGCGUUUGGUGGAGAUCCGGAAAAGAUCACACUCUGGGGACAAUCUGCAGGAGCAGGCGCGAUAGACCAGUAUCUGUUUGCGUGGUAUGAGGAUCCCAUCAUUCGUGCGUCAAUAUCGAGUUCUGGUGUUGCAAUUGGACGAACAUCCAAUUUGGAUUAUGCUGGGAUGAACUUUACCUUCGUGGCAAAGUCACUGGCUUGCGAUUUCGAGGAUGCUGAGUUGGAGUUGGAGUGCAUGCGGCGGGUACCUAUGCCGCGGAUCGAAAACUUCGUCGGGCAGUAUCAGGUGAUCGAUAAUAAGUAUGUCUUCGAAAACUACACACAGAAAUACCAGAGUGGCCAAGUUGCCCAGCUACCGAAGAUCAUCGGGACAACAGCACGAGAAGCCUCAGCUCUCGUCCCAUACCAAUUCACAACUACUCAGCAGGGCCUUCCGAACAGCUGCGUUCUCCGUGACGAAGUCGGGCUUCCAACAUUUCGGUAUGAGUGGGCAGGAAAUUUCAGUAACAUUGCCCCUGUGCCUUGGCUUGGGGCUUACCAUUAUUCUGAUCUGUACAUGCUGUUUGGCACUUAUAAGAUUACCCCUGGUGUAAUCACCGAUCUGGAGAUUCAUACAUCAGAGCAGAUGCAGGAUCAUUUCCUGGAUUUCGUGGCGGAUCCAACUUCGCUGCCGCAGACUGGAUGGCCUGAAUAUCAAACUUCUGCAAGUGGUGGAGGACAAAUUGCUCAAUUCGGUGCGGAUGGACAGGUCGUCCAAUACGUUUCUGGAGAUUCUGUUGAGGGGGCGUGUCAUAUUCCUGGAGAUGUGUAUAACACCACGCCAUAA